AUGAGCCAUCGUGUUAGUGGUCUAAUGUUGGCUAACCACACCAGUAUCGCAACCUUAUUUAAACGAAUUGUUCGCCAAUAUGAUGGUAUGCGGAAACGCAACGCUUUCAUAGAUAGUUACAAGAAGACAGCACCCUUUUCAGAGAACUUCCACGAAUUCGAUGAGGCUAGGGAAGUAGUGACGGACCUAAUUGCUGAGUACGAGGCAGCUGAAGAUGCGAAUUAUCUAAACCCCGACGAAGGGGAAAAGGCGACAUCUGCAGAGACGGACAAAAGAGUCGCGUAG